CUCUCGAAAAUAACGCGGAGCGGGCCGGGCGAAAGAACGGAGUGUGCAGAAUGUGGCCCUCGGCCCUCACGUUUGCCGGCAGGUGAAUGAUGACGUAUUUGAAGAAGUUGCACUUCGAGGCAGGAAGAUUUUCAAUUGGAAGAAAAUCUGAGCGUGAGUCUCUCUCUCUCUCUCUCUCCGCCCCCUCGUCCUCCUUGGCACUCAGCUUCCGGCCAGCCCCCCCCCGCCGUCCUUCCUUCCUUCCUUCCUUCCUACCUGCCGCGACCGACGUCCGGAUCGCAGGGUGCCGCGUGUCCGAAGACUCGCUUGGAAUUGCAAUUGGCGAUCGGAGCCCGUUUGUGCUGUGCCGAAGUGGCCGGCAGAGUUUCUUGAAGGCUGCGACAGCGGCAGGAGGAGGAGGAGGGCGAGGAGGGCGAGGGGGGCGAGGGGACGACGACGACGACCACACACUCUUUUUGAUUUGCCCCCCAAAGUGGACAAAGAAGCUCUUUUUUCUUCUUGUUGUUUUGUUUGCGAAAUGACGCCGAAGCAGCUCCUGCCGCUGCUGUGGGCGACGUCGAUGUUGGGCGGGUGCCUGGCCCGGGUGGUGACGGUGUCUCCCGGCCCCUUGAUUCGCGUGGAGGGUCAGCCGGUUUCCAUCAGAUGCGACGUCAACGACUACAUGGGGCCUCGUGAGCAGGACUUUGAAUGGAUGAUGUCCAGGGAGGCCAAAGGACAGCGGAUGAAAAUCAUCUCCACCUUUGAUGCCGGCUACUCGCACACGUCGCUCAGCAAGCGAGUGGCGUCCGGUGACAUCUCCGUCCUGCGUCUCCGCGACAACGCGGUGGAACUGAAGAUAGCCGAGGCCGAGACGCGAGACGCCGGCUUCUACUGGUGCCAAACGCCGAGCACCGACUCCGUCAUCAGUGGCAAUUACGAGGCCCAGGUCCAACUCAUCGUCAUCGCCAACACGCUGAAGGUGAGCCCUCAGACCCCGCCCGCUGUCGUCCCCGAGGGCAGCGACGUCACGCUCUCCUGCAACGUCACCCGGGAACUCACCCAGCCCACCUACCUGUCCGUCACCUGGUCGCUGAAGAAGGGAGGAGUAUCGGAGGAGAUUUUGACGUUCGGCCCUCAGGGCGACGUGCUCACAGGGGCCAAGUACGCCCGCCGCUACGCUGACGGCGCCGUCCGCUUGGCGCCCGGGAAGGGCGGAUUGUUCGAGUUGGUCAUUUCCAGAGUGACGACGUCCGACGAAGGCAUUUACGAGUGCAACGGAACCGAGUGGACCCACCAAGACGGAGGGAAAUGGAUUCCAAUUGUGGGGAGCGCAAAGGAAAUGGGAACUGUUGCUGUUACUCCGACAGGUCAGUCCCUCAGCGUGAAGGCUUCUUCGUCGUCUUCGCCUUCCUCCGCACUCUCCGCGAACCCGCACCUGGCCCCCGGCGACACACUAACGCUGCUUUGCGCCGUCGCCGCCGACAACUUGCCCUCGCUGUCCCUCGAAGUGUCUUGGCUGGCCGACGGCCGGGACGUCGUCACGAUGGAGCGCGGCGGAGUGGUGAUCUCCAACGUGUCUGCCGGCUCGGGGCGAGGAAAUCGCGGCGAGGCGAGCAUGGAGAGGACCGGGGCCGACGAGUACAGGCUGGCGGUCAGGCGGGCGAGCACGGAAGACGGAGGAGCGUACGCCUGCCGCGUUCGCGCCUUCAUCGAGAAAGGAGGCAAGAGCUCGGGAGGAGGAGGCCGCUGGCACAUGGCGGCGGAGAAGACGUCCAAUGCCGUGACGGUGAAGGUGUCGCAGAUCGAACCGAGCUUCACGCUGGACGUUGAGACCAUCGCUCACCCCGAGAUGACCAGCGAACCGACAGAGUUGGCUUGUCGCGUGACCAAUAUUACACAGCUGCCCGUGGGAGGCCGGCUGGGCGUUACGUGGGAGCACGUCGCGCUUCCUGGUGCUUCCAGCGAACCUCAGGCUACACAUUCUAUUGGCUCUAUGGACGGCUACGGCAACCUGGUGCCGGGUGCCGUGUAUUCCGACAGACUGGCGAGCGGCACGAUGUCCCUAACGAGAGUCCAACCAGACACUUUCAAACUGCGAUUCCUCCGCACUCAGGAGAUCGACAUGGGCCAGUACGUCUGCGCCGUCUCGGCGUGGAGCGUCGACAGCCGCGGCGACGUGGCGAAGACUGCCGAGCGCCGGAGCUCGCCGCUGACUCUGCGAUGGGAGGCCAAAAGUCCUUCUCUGAACGUUGCGGCCAAACGCAUUCGUGAGGCUUCUGUGGGCGGGGCUACCUUUGAGAUGAGCUGCACAGCGGCAACCCAAAACCUCGGCCAAGCGGGGUUUUCGGUGCUCAUCCAAUCACAAGACAGCCUGGAAAGCAACGUGAGGACCAUCAUGACCCUCAGCCCCGACAGCGUCAUGCAGCACGGGGGGGCCACGGACCCCAACAGGAGAGACAGUCUGGUUUUGACGAAGUCCGGCCCAGCUGCGUUUCGGUUUCGCCUAGGGGGCGUCCAGUUGUCAGAUCGAGGUUUCUACUGGUGCGACAUCACCGCGUGGACGAAGCAACAGCCCGGUCAAACGUGGACCAGAGCCACGAGCGCCGAGUCCAACAAAGUCCGGAUCGACUUUCAAGAAAAUGGACCCUCUUUCUCAAUUGCCAUCCAUUCAGACACCAGUACUGUUUAUCCGUGGCAAACGGCCAAGAUGAAGUGUUCCCUCCGCGUCUCUGGAGCCUCACCAAUGACCGACCGCCUGGCCUACGAGCUGCGUUGGUUUUUCACACGACUUCGCGGCGGACAGACGACAACUCAAGUCGCCGGCGUCGACCGCUUCGGUGUUGUCGGAAAAGAGUUUCGCAACUCGUCCAGUGAGGUUUCCGUCCAACGUGAGGACACGCACGCGUACACGUUGAGCGUCCACGGCGCCCACGACAGCGACAGCGGGGAGUACCACUGUGUGGCCACUCCCUGGUACCUGUCGGCCUCCACGGGAGCCUGGACCCAAGCCGGGGAGCUGACGUCCCCCCGAAUCUUCCUGACAGUCCGAUUCGCCGUGUGGGAGUCCUUAAAGUUGCCCCUCUUGUACGGUGUUUCAGCAUCGAUAGGUGCGGGCCUCUUCUCGCUGGUCCUGGGCCUGGUUUGCGCCCAGUGCUGCUGCCGCAACGCCGGGCACACUCCGCGCUCGCGCAACAAGUUGAUGGACCUGGAGAUGGACUGACAAAUACUUUCCCCUGCGCCCUCGCACCGCAGCGCUCCCAGGAACGCGCACGCGCACGGCAGACGCGCUCCCGUCGACGACUUGUGGGACACCCGAGGACGUUGGGAGUAAAACGGGUGGCGAAAUGAGGCCAGCCCAGUGCUUACCGCGCUACUCGCAACCAUUUCAGCUCUGCGGCGGAGGAGCGGGGAUACUUUUUUUCCCCCCCUUUUCUUUUUUAAAACUUUUACAGGCACAGGAGACUUCACUGCCAUGCGGGAAUAAAGGAGCACUUCUGUAGCGAACACUAACAAAUGAAGGGCUCGGGCUGCCCCCGUGCCAACGAGAGCCACGUUUUGAAUUGCGUUAGUCGGCCUUCGGGCUCGCAAGCGGAAGCGAUCGCAGCCGAUCGGCGGGGCUGUCCUCUCGGCCUGAGCCUCGUUUCUGCGGCACGGACGGCAGAAGGUCGGAGGCGUCGCGCUACCAUCCCUACCUUAAUUAACAUUCUCAGCUCUAGUUUUUGGAAAAUUAAGAGAUUUUAAAGUUGUACAGAUUUUUAUGCUUCCCAAGGAGACAUGCGGUGUGUGUGUGUGUGUGUGUGUGUGUGUGUGUGUUUGCGUGUGUGCGCAAUGUCACUUACGGAGAAAUGUUUUGUGCGGGUGUGCAUGUUGUGUUUUCUAGCACUGAGUGAGCAGCAGGAGCUGUUUUCAGGGUUACAACAAAUACUCCCAAAAGUUGCUGUCACUCCACUAAUGUAGUCAUAUCCCCCCCCCUCCCCCCCCCCCCCCCCCCCACACACACACACACACACAUGCGCACACACAAAAUGAAAUGUCGCCCCCGUUCACAUUAUUUCCUUUUUCUAACAACGAACGUGUCGUCCAUCUUUGCUGUGUGGAAGAGAAGCAAGACAAAUUUGCCAUAUUUGCAGACCUCGUUGAAGGUUUGUUUUGUUUUUUUUUU